AUGGAUUCUGCAAGCAAAGAGGAAACAUUGGAAAAACUUGAUCAAGAAAUUACAGUGAACCUGCAGAAGAUAGACUCUAACUUGAGUUUCUGCUUUCAUAAGAUCACCCAGGACAUCAUCCCACACGUGGCUACAUAUUCAGAAAUAUGUGAGCGGAUCAUGGAUAGCACCGAAUGGCUGGGGACUAUGUUUCAAGAGACUGGGCUGGUGAAUUUGCAGGCAAAUGCAGCUGCACCAGUGGGAAACGCUCCAGUCAAAAGCCUUGUGAGCAAUAAUGUUGGUAUAUUUCCUACAUCCGCUGAAGAGGCGAGUAGGCAGUCCCAGACAGACAAUGGGCCUAACGAGGCAGAUUCAGCUGUACAUGUCAACCGGGAUGUCCAUUCUAUGUUUAAUAACGACAGUAUAGAUGAUUUCCACACAGCGAAUAUAACAUCCACGGGACAGAUAUUGAAACUUCCGGACUCUAGCGACGAAGAUACUGGUUCAGAGGCGGUGCCUUCAAGGGAGCAAACAGACCUUACAGGCGAGGGUCAUGGUGGAGCUGAUGAUGAGCAAGAUGAAAGUACAAUACAGAGACAAAGCCGCAAAAGAAAGAUUUCGCUACUUUUGCAGCAGCAGUACGGGUCUAGUUCCAGCAUGGUACCGUCUCCGAUUGUGCCCAAUAAAAUGCGGAAGCAACUGGCUCAUGAAGAACAUAUUAAUAACGACGGCGAUAACGACGAUGAGAACAGCAAUAAUAUAGAGAGCUCGCCUCUGAAGCAGGGGCACCACCACCCGAAGGGACAAGCGGAUGAUAACAACGAAGGGCCCGAUGAAGAAGAGAGUACGAAAGAAGUACCAAAGCCUGGGACCAUCAUUCAUUUUUCUACGAAUAGAUAG